GCAGCCACACUCCCUUCCUGACAGACCACGGAAAUGAGCCCCUGACCUGGCCCCUUCACACUUCCUGACUGACCGGGCCUAGGCUUGCCUCACCGGGCACACGGGCAGAGAAGCGGUUGAGAGGCUGCCAGUAUGUACUCCCGUCCCACCACCCUCCUGGGCCUGGGGCUCUGCCUGGGCCAGGUGAUCCACAUGCAGGAGGGGGUCCAGCCCAAACCCUCCCUCAGGGCCGAGCCAGGCCCUGUGGUCCCCUGGAAACGGCCUGUGACCUUUGUGUGCCGGGGCCCAGCUGAGGCUAAGGUAUGUCUCCUGGAGAAGGAUGGAAGACGUGUACACCAUUAUCAGGACAGUGUGCCACUAAAUGGCUCACAGGGGACAGAGGCCAGAUUCCUCUUCGCUGUGGUGAGUGAAGACACUGCAGGGAGUUACCGCUGCUUCUGUCUCACCCAGUCCGGCUUGUCUGAGCGCAGUGAGCCCCUGCAGCUGCAGGUGACAGAGGAGGACUCCACUCUGUCCUCAGGGCCCCUGCCCAAACCCUCCCUCAGGGCCGAGCCAGGCCCUGUGGUCCCCCGGGGACGGCCUGUGACCUUCGUGUGCCAGGGCCCAGCUGAGGCUAAGGCAUGCCACCUGAUGAAGGAUGGAAGACGUGUACACCAUUAUCAGGACAGUGUGCCUCAAGAUGGCUCACAGGGGACAGAGACCAGAUUCCUCAUCCCCGUGGUGAGUGAAGAAACUGCUGGGCGUUAUCGCUGCUUCUGUCUUACCCAGUUCAGCUCAUCUGAGCUCAGUGAGCCCCUGCAGCUACAGAUGACAGAAGAGGACAGCUCCACUCUGCCCUCAGGGCCCCUGCCCAAACCCUCCCUCAGGGCCGACCCAGGUUCUGUCAUCCCCAGGGGACGGCCUGUGUCCUUCGUGUGCCGGGGCCCAGUGGGAGCUAAGUCAUUCCGCCUGGAGAAAGAUGGAAGAACUGUAAGCCCUGAUCAGAAGGGUGUGUCUCAAGAUGGUUCGCAGGGGACAGAGGCCAGAUUCCACUUCCCCUCUGUGAGUGAAGACAUUACUGGGCGUUAUAGCUGCCUCUACCAACAUGUGUUUGAUAUCUGGUCUGGGCUCAGUGAGAGCCUGGAGCUGCAGGUGACAGAGGAGGACUCCACUCCGCCCUCAGGGCCCUGGAGUCUGGUCCCAUCUGGACACCAGGAUCGCCUGAAAAAUGAGCCCCUCAUCAAAGGGGACACAGAGCUGUCAUCAGGUGGGAACAGACCCCUUCAAGGGGACUGA